AUGUCAUAUAAGGCAAUAAUAUUUGAUCUGGGUGGAGUAUGCGUUGGUUCACCUUUUCAAGGGAUCUCUGAAUAUGAAAAAAAAUAUGGUUUACCGGAGAAUUACAUUAAUAUAGCAAUCGUAAAUGGUGGAGAAAAUGGAGCAUUUCAACGGUUAGAACGUGGUGAACUUUUCAUUCCAGAUUUCUAUGAAAUAUUUGGUAAAGAAUUAUCGGAUCCUGUAAAUAAAGAAUACUAUUAUCAAUACUUACGGUCGCGCGGAAGUAAAGGUUCAACUAUACCAUCUCUUCCUGAUCAAAUUAUAAUUGAUGGCAAAGAAUUAUUUCGAACAAUGAUGUCAGAAGCUACAAUAAUUAACCCUAUUGUGUUUAACGCUCUUAAAAGGCUUCGUGCAAGUAAUAAAUUCAAAAUCGUUGCUUUAACCAAUAAUUACCAGUUACCAACUCAAGACCAUAAAGAAAUCGAAUUACUAGGAGGAAUGCUUCCAAUGGAACUUAAGGAUUUAUUUGAUGAAAAUAUUGAAUCAAGUGUCGUUGGGUUACGCAAACCUGACCCAAAAAUCUUUUUAUAUACCUGUGAAAAGUUAGGAAUUCAACCCAAUGAGGCCGUAUUUCUUGAUGAUAUUGGAAUGUAUGUAGAAAAUUAA